UUUUAUUCUCUGCGGGUCACAAACAUGGCUGCGUCCUUGAGCAGAAAGCCGGGGAGCUGUCUUUUAGGAAUUAUUAAGCGAUUAAGAGGAAUUCACAAGUUAACUUUCAGUAAUUACAGCAGUAUACGACAAUCCAUCAAUGAAAUACUCAACACACCGGAUGAACACCGUGGACGUAAAGGCAUAUCAGUUGAUGGAUGGGUUCUGGCUGUACAGAGACACAAAAGUGUGACAUUCCUGCACUUGGCAGAUGGAUCAACAUCUAAAUACCUCCAAAUUGUUCUAGAUGAAGAUAUUUCUGAAAAGGUAACUAGUUAUGGUGGAAGUGUAAAUGUGUAUGGGGACUUGAUCAGAAGUCCAGGCAGUGCACAGAAAUGGGAAUUACUGGCAAAGAACAUUGACAUCAUAGGCACAAGUGAUGCAAGUUAUCCAAUUGGCCCAGCAAAAUCUAAGCAACCUCUGGAUUCAACACGUGAUUUUUUGCAUCUGCGACCACGGUCCAAAAUCAACAGCUCUAUAUUUAGAGUAAGAAAUGCAGCAUCUAUGGCUAUUCACAAAUUCUUCCAGACAAACAAUUUUAUUCAUAUCCAUACUCCAAUGUUGACAUCCAAUGACUGUGAAGGAGCUGGGGAAGUCUUCUCUGUGAAGCCUGAAAAAGAAGAUAUUGUAGAGGAAAUUGCAGACAGCGAGAUGCAGGAAAUGACAGAGGAGGGAGAAAAGAACAAAAACUUCUUCAGGCAUCCUGUAUUUUUGACAGUUUCAGGACAACUUCAUCUGGAAUCCUUUUUAGGUGCCUUUGGUAAAGUGUAUAGCUUUGGCCCUACAUUCCGUGCAGAAAGUCAGUCCAGUGGAAGGUAUCAUCUGUCUGAGUUCUACAUGGUUGAGGGAGAACUUGCCUUUCUGGAUGACAUUGAAGGUUUAUUGAAGGUAAUGGAAGACCUUGUGAAAUGUACUACAAAGGAAGUCUAUGAAAAUUCAGAAGACGAAGUCAAAUUCAUAGCUAAAUAUAUAGGUGAAAAAUCAUACCCUGAUAAUAUCAUUACAAUGAUGGAGAAAGAUUUUGUAAGAAUAUCUUACACUGAUGCCAUGCAAAUACUGGAAAAGAAAAACAAAAAGUUUGAAACAAAAGUAAAGUGGGGAGAUGACCUAAACAAGGAACAUGAAAAGUACCUGGUGAAGCAUUGUGGCACUGUUCCAGUUUUUCUCACAGACUUCCCCGCAUCAAUUAAACCAUUCUAUGCUUACGAGAACAGUGAUAACAAGACAGCUGGAGCUGUGGACCUGCUAGUACCAGGCGUAGGUGAACUGUUUGGCGGCACUCUCAGGGAACACAGAUUUGAUCAAUUGGAGCACAAGCUGAAGGCCACUGGCCAAGAGGAGCAACUUAGUUGGUACCUUGACUUACGGAGAUAUGGGACUGUGCCACAUGGUGGUUUCGGUAUGGGGUUUGAGCGAUAUCUACAGUUCAUACUCGGUGUGAAAAACAUAAGGGACACAAUACCUUUUCCUAGAACUCCAUUGCAUUGUAAAAUGUGACUAUGUCUUUUAGACAUGCGAACGAUUGCAACAUAACGGAUGAACAUUUCAUGGAAAUAAAAAAAUAUCUAGUUAUUGUACCUAUACCUACAUCUGUCUGUAUUACAGAUUAUGAAAUAAAUUUUCUAACAUAUUUUGA